UUCAAAAGUUUUCUGCAUCUUCAGCUAGUGUCAUUUAUGCCAGGAAAAUAUCUUUCAGAGGAUAUUCCAAAGAAUAUCACAGAUUUUUUCAGAAUCUCAUCAAGUGAAUAUUCCUCAGCAGUCUUUGAUUCAAAGGAGCUCAGUCCGCUCAUGGCCAACCCUGUAACCGAAACAACAACAGACCCGAAGAAGCAGCCUUCCUCCGAGAAGAAUGACCAGCACCCGGCAGAGAGCGCACCAUGUCUGCAAAGCAUCAAGGCAAAGAUCUUCAAAGGGGUAUCUUACUUUGCCGGCGACAUGAGGGUUUAUGGAGAAUGGAUGAAAGGGCAGUUCAUCCUGUUCCAGAUCCUCGACUGGGUUCUUCGCGGUGCUGCCCAGGUCAUGUUCGUCAACAACCCCUUGAGCGGCCUGAUCAUUUUCGCCGGGCUGAUUCUCCAGAACAGGUGGUGGGCACUCAACGGCUUCGUGGGCACUCUGUUUGCCACCAUCUCUGCCCUCAUUCUGCAACAAAACAGGGGCGCCAUCGCAGCUGGUCUGUAUGGAUACAAUGGCAUCCUGGUCGGUCUUCUCAUGGCGGUUUUCUCAAAUGCAGGAGACUGGUACUGGUGGCUACUGCUUCCAAACAUCUUCAUGUCAAUGGCAUGCCCCAUAGUGUCGAGUGCCCUGGCUUCAAUCAACAGUCGCUGGGAUCUGCCUGUCUUCACCCUACCGUUCAACAUUCUUGUCUGCCUGCACAUGGUGGCCACCGGUCACUACAACCACCACUUCCCCCAGGUGCUCAUCCAACCCCGCUCCUCCCUCCCCAACAUCACCUGGUCGGAGGUGGAUGUGGCAAAGCUCUUCCAAUCCAUUCCUGUGGGAGUAGGACAGGUGUACGGAUGUGACAACCCGUGGACAGGAGGCAUUUUCAUCAUUGCUUUGUUCAUCUCCUCACCUAUCACUUGUGCGCAUGCAACCAUUGGUUCUGCUGUUGGCAUGGUGUCAGGUCUGGCUCUUGCCGCACCCUUCGAGAACAUCUAUUUUGGACUGUGGGGCUACAACUGUGUGUUGGCUUGCAUCGCCAUCGGAGGAAUGUUUUACGCACUCACCUGGCAGGUUCAUCUCCUGGCUAUUACAUGUGCAUUUUUCUGUGCAUAUCUGGGCUCGGCCAUCGCAAACAUCAUGUCAAAUUUUGGGCUUCCUGCCUGCACAUGGCCCUUCUGCCUGUCCGCCCUGACCUUUCUGCUGAUCACCACGGAGACAAACAAAAUUUUCAAGCUCCCGCUGGCCAAGGUGACGUACCCCGAGAAGAAUCUUCACCACUUUUGGAAAAUGAAGAAGGCCGAGAAAGCCGAGAAGCUGAAGAAGGAACAGGAGGAAAAGGAAGAGGGGGAGAAGUCUGAGAAACAGGAAGCGUUCAAAAUCGAAAUGGUGAAGAAUGAGACAGUCAUGUCUGACGCAUGCACAGUGCCCAUGGAAGAGGUAGAAGACGCUCCAACAGAUAACCCAAUGGGCGUGACUAAUGAUAAUACAGACAAUACAGAUGCUAUGGAAGACUUGCUUCAGCCGGUUAUCUAAAUCUGAAGGCUACAUCAGGACCUGCAUUAGCCGGUUAUUUAAAUCUGAAGGCUACAUCAAGACCUAUUUUUUUUUCCAGCAGGCAUUGCAAGUCUACUCUGGACAUUUUGUAUAAUUUUAGCUCUCCAAUCAAAAGAUUUGUCUGAGACUAGGCUUUUUUCUUGUGGGACAAUGGCCUUUAAGUAUUUUUUCAUGAAUAUUACUCAUGUAACAGUUCUCACUACACUCCAUAACAGCUUAAUUAUUUUUAGGUUUAACGUUCAUUAUUAUUAUAAUGGCCAUUAAGAUUAUUAUUAUUAUUAUUAUUAUUAUUAUAAUAAUAAUAAUAAUAAUAACAAUAAUACAUUGCAGUAUCUGUUUCUUUUUACGGUAAUAACAAUUGUUUCAUAACUGUACAGUAUGGCUUUCUUUAUGGAGUGAAGCGAGAGGGGAAAUGGGGUAGCUUUCAUCUUCAUCUUUAUACAUCCAUUACACACAGCGCUGAGGUUGACAGGAGUUCAGUGUCUCGUUGAAUGUGGGUAUGAUGGACUCAACAACAGGAUAGUUAAUGACCCUAUGUUGAAUGCCCUUCCAGCAGAGACGAAUGGUCUGCAGAGUGGCUAUGACCUACACAUGGGCAGGUCAUGUAAUCCAAAGGAUCAGAAGUUGUUCACAAAUGUAGGGAAUAGUUUAAAAGUUGAACUAAAUGAGGCAGGCAUUUUUUUUUUACAGUGAGGGUGAAAUGUGGUGUGAGGGCUGAGUCACAAUGCUGCAGGUUCACUUGUGACGAGACAUACUGUACCUAGAUUGCAUGCACUCCAUACUGGUUAAGAUUGAAUGGGUUAAUGGAAAGCCCAUUUUACGAUUAGGUGAUAAUGACGUGACUAACUUCAAGAGCAGACUGAACUUUAAAGAGGAUCUUAAUACAAUCUGUGAUAUGUUAUAGUGAUAAGGGAGUUUUUAUUGGUAUGACUUAAUCAAAUGGAGGAUUUUCUAAGACACAUUGAUUUAACUUGUAACGUUAUGAGUAUAAAAACAAUAAUCUACUAUUAGGUACUUUUAACGACACCAACAUUUAUAUACCAAGUUGUAAGAUCCAAGAGUGGAGCAGAAAGAUUGUUUUUACACCUGUUGAUGCACUUAAAAUGGUGGAUUUCUUUUUUAUUUGUCAUACAGUACGUAUGAAAUGUACACUUUGUUUUUAUAUACAUUUUGUAAUCAGUCCGUGUCAUAUUUCAACUAUUAAAAUAUAUAUAUAUUUUUAUACUAUA